UGAAUUAAAACAUGUUUAAAAAUAAUAAAAACCCUAUGAAUUAUGCUGUAAUCUGAUUUUAGUAUAUAUAAAGGGUUUAUUUUGAAAAAAGAACAUUGUUCAGAGCGGAUAUCCUCCUUGUUCUGUGGUUAUUUUGACAGUUGCUGCUGGCGUUGCAGUAUCUUCGACCUUGGCUGGUAAAGGAUGGCAGGAAAGGCGUGGAAGUCAGCGGUGUCGCGAGUGGUUGGAGCUUUGAGGACAGAAACUCCACAACCCAGGACGUAUAUGCGUGGGAUUCAUACUGUCACUUUAAUCCCUGGUGAUGGAAUUGGUCCAGAGAUCUCCUCUGCUGUCAUGAAGAUAUUUGAAGCAGCUAAAGCACCUAUUCAGUGGGAAGAGAGAAAUGUUACAGCCAUAAAAGGACCUGGUGGUAAAUGGAUGAUUCCUCCUGAUUGCAAAGAAUCGAUGGACAGAAACAAAAUUGGCCUAAAAGGUCCUUUGAAGACACCAAUAGCUGCAGGUCAUCCCUCUAUGAACCUGCUGCUCAGGAAAACCUUUGACCUUUAUGCCAACGUCCGCCCCUGUGUGUCCAUCGAGGGCUACAAGACCCCCUACACUGAUGUGAACCUGGUCACCAUCAGAGAGAACACUGAGGGGGAAUACAGUGGGAUUGAACAUGUGAUUGUUGAUGGGGUUGUACAGAGUAUUAAGCUCAUUACAGAGCAGGCCAGCCAACGCAUCGCAGAGUAUGCUUUUGAAUAUGCCAGAAAUAAUCAGAGGGCCAGUGUUACUGCUGUUCAUAAGGCCAAUAUUAUGCGCAUGUCAGAUGGACUGUUUCUGCGAAAAUGCAGAGAGGCUGCUGAAUUGCACAAAGAUGUGAAAUUCACGGAGAUGUACUUGGAUACUGUGUGCCUUAAUAUGGUACAGGAUCCCACACAGUUUGAUGUAUUAGUCAUGCCAAAUUUGUAUGGAGACAUCUUGAGUGAUCUUUGUGCUGGACUGAUUGGAGGUCUUGGAGUGACUCCUAGCGGGAACAUUGGGGCCAAUGGUGUUGCCAUUUUUGAGUCGGUUCAUGGAACUGCCCCAGACAUAGCAGGAAAGGACAUGGCCAACCCCACCGCCCUGCUGCUCAGUGCAGUCAUGAUGCUGCGGCACAUGGGCCUGCAUGGCCACGCCAAAAAUAUAGAAGCUGCCUGCUUUGACAUCAUUCGAGACAAGAAGGUUCUGACAAAAGACCUGGGCGGGAACUCAAAGUGCUCAGAAUUCACUGAAGCAAUAUGUCAACGAGUGCGAGAUCUGGACUAAAAGGAUGCUUAAAAUACCCCAGGUUAAUUAUUAGGGUCACGAUAUGUCACCAUGUUACGAUGUAUGUGUACAUUUUAAACCAUAUAAUGUAUAUUAAAAAUCAAUCAGGAGUUAAAGAUCCUAAAAGUGUUGUUGUUACAUCUGCAAGCGCAAAUUAAUGUCUUAAAACCAACAGUUACUGUAAUUGUGUGUGUAUAUGUGGAUAUUGUUUAUUUAUUGGCUUAAUUUGGCCACUUCAAAUGUAAUUAACUUAAAAAAUGCAACUUGUAACGUCCAUGAUCACUAAAGUAACACUGAAAACGUUUGUCAAACAAUCAACUAUGUGUUUUACAUUCCUAAUUCCAAAAACGGAUUAAAGCUUUUAUAAAUGUAAACAUAAUCAGGCUUCAGUUACGUGAAACAGAUGUAUUUGCAAGUUUUUAUUUUCUGUCAUACUGCUGCAAAUAUCAUGAAUGUUUGAUGAAACAUAAAUAUCACUAUGACAUCUGA